CACCUCACUCACCCGCCCGCCCCCCACAAAUCUCGCCGCCGCUUCCCCUCCCCUCCCCCAGAUCCAACCCCCAUUCAUCCUUCCUUCCACCGCCAUGUCAUCCUCCGACCAGGACGACCACGACGAGGACUCCCCGCUCUUCCGCGGCAACGGCGCCGCCGACGACGACGCCCACCGCGCGCGCCGCCGCUCCUCCUCUUCCGGGGGGCCGUCCGCUGUUGGCGAGGUGCCCGUCGCGCAGUCGCUCAUCAAGGCGGCCAGCAACGUCUGCUUCUCGCUCUUCGUCCUCGCCGUCCUCGUCGUCACCGUCGUCGCCGUCACCUACCAGCCGCCCGACCCCUGGCUCCAGUCCUCCGCCGCCAUCACCAGCUCGCUCUCCCGCGUCCUCCCCAACUCCACCUUCCUCGUCCCCGACGACUCGCUGCUGCCCACCGGCGAGGACUUCAACUCCUCCUCCUCCUCCACCCCGGCCUCCGCCGCGCAGCGGGACGACCCGGACCAGGCCGCGGUGGCCGCCGCCGCUGCGGCGGCGGUUAACGCCACCGCGGGGACCUGCGACCCGGACGCGCCGCUCAACUGCUCCGACCCCCGCGUCCUCGCCGCCGUCAAGGCGUUCAAUGCCAAGGCCUUCUUCCGCAAGUCCAUCGUGUUCCUCAGCUACGAGACGCCCGUGCCGGGGCCCAAGCCCGGGGAGUGCGACGUCGCCUGGAGGUUCAGGAACCGGAGGGAGAAGUCGUGGCGCCGGUACAGGGACUACCGCCGCUUCGCCCUCACCCCCGGCGAUGGAUGCGCUCUCGACAUUACUCGCGUCGGGAAGUUCCGAUCUGGGGCGAAUGCGGCUCGGCCGCCGCGACCCAAGGGAUCCAAGAACCGGAACCCGCGUGUUGCGCCGCCACCUGUGGAUGCAGAGAUCAAUGACACGAUCCCCAUUGUUGGUUCCGAGGCAGAGUUCAGGAAAGGCAAGUACUUGUACUACAUGAGAGGUGGCGACCAUUGCAAGAGCAUGAACCAGUUCAUAUGGAGCUUCUUGUGUGGACUCGGUGAAGCCAAGUUCUUGAACCGGACUUUUGUGAUGGAUUUGAACAUGUGUUUGUCUGGGGCGCACACAGACAAUGGGAAGGACGAAGAUGGCAAGGAUUUUAGGUACUAUUUUGAUUUCGAGCACCUGAAGGAGACGGCCUCCGUGGUGGAGGAAGGGGAUUUCUUGAAGGACUGGAAGCGCUGGGACAAGAAGAAGGGUCCAGGCAAGAUCACAGUGCGGAAGGUACCGUCGUACAAGGUGACUCCAAUGCAGCUUAAGAGGGACAAGAGCAACAUCAUUUGGAGGCUGUUUGACGGGCAGGAGCCUGAGAAUUACUGGUACAGGGUAUGCGAGGGGCGAGCUGCCAAGGUCAUCCAACGGCCUUGGUAUGCUAUUUGGAAGUCAAAGAGGCUGAUGAACAUUGUCACUGAGAUUGCUGGUAGGAUGGACUGGGAUUAUGAUGGUUUGCAUGUAGUUCGAGGGUGGAAGGCACAGAACAAGCAAAUGUAUCCAAAUUUGGAUGCUGACACAUCACCCGAGACGCUUGUAAAUAAGGUGACAAAACUUAUUAAGCCAAUGAGAAACCUGUACAUUGCGACCAAUGAGCCAUUCUAUAACUACUUCGAUAAGCUCAGGUCACACUUUCAUGUGCACUUGCUUGAUGAUUACAAGGAGCUUUGGUCGAGCACAAGUGAGUGGUACAAUGAAACGACAACACUAAGUGGUGGGAGGCCAGUGCUGUUUGAUGCAUACAUGAGGGUAAUUGUGGACACAGAAGUAUUCUAUAGAUCAAAGACACAAGUUGAAACUUUCAACAACUUGACGAGGGAUUGCAAAGAUGGAAUCAAUACAUGCAACUUGUGACACAUGAGUUCAUGCUGUGGUAACUAGUGGUGUCUUUAUACUCUUCCUUGGCUGGCAUAUUGGAAUUCAGAGGAACUUCAUCCAGGGUUUGUCAUUAGGCAUGCCAUCUUAAUGUAUUAUCUGUCAUGCCACCAAGUUCAAUUGAUUACACGUUGAUCUGAAUUAUGUGCCACCCAUUCUUUUUGUGUAAUUUAUCUAUUACCCUUCAAAAGUCUCUUGUAACUUGUCAGUAGCCCCUUUGCAACAUUGCUGCCAUCUUUAUGCUCUGAGAUAACUGGGAACUUAUAUUUUG